ACGUGAGCGGGGCUGCUAUCUGAGACGUACGGAACGAGCGGAACUUUAGCUUAGUUAGUAUGUUUCUAUCCGGGUUAUUUAUCGUGCGGACAUGUUUCUGGCUCCGACGGUUCAGAUGGUACAGAGAUGCGAAAUUUAAGAUGUGAUUUGAAAUUUCCUUAACCCUUUUAAUUCGUUAAAUUCCGUAGCUUUUAAAUAUACCUUAAGUUGAAUGUAGAAAGGCGUACUCCUCGCAGUUUUGUCUUGCUUGUGUCAUUAAAGCGAAGUUUUAUCAUGUGAGCUAGGUUUCUGGCUUACUUGGUAACCCUUAGGAGGCUUGGUCUCUAGCUAACGUCGUGGUUUCACGCUAAAUUAAUAACGGCCUGCAGUUACCUUUCCAGUCCAUCAUCCAGCUCAACACACAAUAAAAAGAGAUGCCCAAUGCCACAACAAGGCCAAAGCGAGGUAGGAGGACCCGAAGGCGGCAGCGGGAGGACCCAGCCAGGAAUGAGCUGGUGUCCAGAUCCCUGGAGAGUGCCCAGCAGUGCCUGUUCAACCAGGACUAUGGGACCGCAUUUGUCCACUACCUCCUGGUCCUCAACCUCGCCCCUGUGUUAAAGGAUUUUGCAAGGGAGUCCUUCAGGUUCACUCUCUUCAAAUGGGCAGAUGAGCUGGACUCUCUGGGGCGCAUUCAGGAUCUCUUUGACUGUUAUGAACAAGCCCUGGAACUUUUCCCUGCAGAUGAGGUCAUCUUAAACAGCAUGGGUGAACACCUGUUCAGAAUGGGGUUCAGAGAUGAAGCGGCAGGUCAUUUCCACAAAGCCUUGAAGUUGAAACCAGAUUUUCCAGAAGCCAGGGAGAAUUUCUACCGUGUAGCCAACUGGCUGGUGGAGCGCUGGCACUUCUUGAUGCUCAAUGACCACGGGAGGAACCGGAAGUACCAGCAAGCCAUUCAGAAAGCAGUUCAGAGAGGCUGCAACACUGUACUUGACAUAGGUACUGGCACUGGGAUCCUUGGCAUGUGCGCUAAGAAGGCAGGAGCUGCUGAGGUGUUCGCCUGUGAACUGUCCAAGACGAUGUAUGACCUUGCCUGUGAGGUGGUGGCUGCUAAUGGAAUGGAUGGCAGCAUAAAGAUCCUCCAUAAAAAAUCUCUGGAGAUGGAAGUGCCUAAAGACAUCCCACACAGGGUGUCCUUGGUGGUGACAGAGACUGUAGAUGCAGGAUUAUUUGGAGAGGGCAUCAUAGAGAGUCUCAUCCAUGCCUGGCACCAUUUACUUCUACCUCCGCAGAGCGGGCAGGAUAAGUUCAAGGAACCGUCCUCGACAGGCCGGGUCAUCCCUGCUGGAGCCACUGUGUUCGGUAUGGCUGUUGAGUGUCUUGAGAUCCGCCGGCAUCAUAGGCUGUGCGUGUCGGAGGUGGGGGGCCUGUCCAUGGCUGCAGCCGGGCAGCUUCAUAGCCCAGUGAGCUGCAGCUCAGAGCCAGAUGACUCCAUGGAGCCUUAUACUACAGAGAGACUGAGCAGACUGCCAGGAGGAUAUAAGCCUCUCACCGAGCCCUUCAGAGCCCUCGACAUUGAUUUCAACAAUGUGCAGGAACUGGAGGGCCUCACCUCCAGGGAGGUCCAGAGGAUCUGUCUGCCUGUCAACCAGGAGGGUGAGCUUGAUGCCUUGGCCGUGUGGUUCCAGCUGCACCUGGACGAAGACAACAGCCUGUCCACUGGACCGCAGGAGGACACCUGCUGGGAGCAAGCCAUCUACCCUGUCCAGAUCCCUAAUGGUUUUCUUCUAAGACCACAAGACAAACUGAUUAUCGAGGUCUCCUGCCGAGAUGCCUACCUGAGGCUGUGCAGUGUUGCAGUGGUGAGAGAUGGGCAUGAAAUCCGUCUAGACAAGCGUCUGGAGUCUCAGUAUACUGAGAACCCCAUCCCAAACCCAAGCCCAGAGGUGGAACUCUGCAGUGCAUUAGCAUGUCUCCAGACAGGCCAAAAUCAAGCGAAAGACUUCUGUAUGCUGGAAUGUUCAGAAAUGGCGCUACUGAACAAUCGGCAGUACCAUCAGAGUUUUUGCAGCUCACUAGCCAAACUCAUCACCACCCUGAAGACUGCUCAUCAAAACAAGGAGCAAGGGUCAGAUAUCAAAUCUGACCCAGUUAACUCCAGAGACCCCCGUGACCUUUUCUAUGUGCUGGACGUGUCAGAGGGUUUCUCUCUCCUCUCCCUCAUGGCUGCCAGCCAAGGUCAUGUGAAAGCCUACAGCUCAGUGGAAAAGAGCCAGCAGCAAGAAGUCCUGCGGAGACUGGCUUGCUCCAAUAACGUCCCAGAACAGCAUUUGGAGUUCUGGCUCAACCAUUUGGAGGAUGAGCAGGCCAUGCUCCAGAGGCCCUCCGGGGAAAAGCUGUGGAGUGCCAUCAUCUUGGAUUGUGUAGAGACUUGUGGUCUGAUCCGACAGAAGUUGAUGGAGAAAGCUUCACUGGCCAGGUGUCUACUGGAGGAAGGAGGUCAUAUCUUCCCAGAACGGAUCGUGUUGUAUGGGAUGUUGGUGGAGUCAGACACGCUGCUGUUAGAGAGUGCUGUCCAGGGACAGGAGCCAACACUUGGCUUUAAUAUCGCUCCCUUCAUCAACCAGUUCACUGUACCGGUUCACGUGUUUCUGGACUUUUCCACUCUGGAAUGCAGGCAUCUCAGUGCGUCUGUGGAGCUUUUUGUAUUGGACCUUAUGGACUCCAGUGCUAACUACUCUAACAGAGAAGUUAAGGUCCAGGCUACCUCUUCAGGCAGGGUGACAGCAAUCCCCUUCUGGUACCAGAUCCACCUGGAUGAGGAGAUCAGCAUCAGUACCCUCAGCCAGGACUCGCACUGGAAGCAGGCAGCCGUGGUGCUGCAGAAGCCCCUUGAGAUCAGAGCAGGAGACUGGGUCUGCCUUGCUGUGCAGCUUCACAAGAGCAGUAUCUCCAUAUCAGCCCACAUAGAGAAUAGAGAGUCUGGGCCUGUCGAGUAAUUGUGUUGUAGUCCAUGGUAUCAUAGUUCUGCUGCCUCUUUCAUUUCAAUGUGUUAUGCUUACAUCAAAUUGAGGCUAUGAUGGCAGAUAGAGUACAUUAAAUGUUACGCAGUCUCUCCCUGUUAUCAAUGACAGUUUACCAUAUUCCACAUUGCUGUGCUACAUUAAUGUGAAGCUAGUUGUCAAAUUUCCAUGUUUUCCCAGACACGAGAUGACCUGUUUUCAGAUCAAGUAGACACCCACACAACCCCUGAUCCUGUAACCUCAAACUGUGGGAACCUUUAAGUUUGUCAAGCCUAAGGCAUUUACAGCUUUGAAUAUCCAGUUAUUUGUAAAUGUUUCAUGUAUGAUCCAAGAACGUUUACAAGUUGUACAGUACUUUGUGUAUUAUAGUAUUUUCCUUCACUAUGGGUGCUGUUGUUUUUAUGAACAUUAGUCAUUUGUCAGUAGUUCAACUGUAAAAAGAGCUAUUGUGAACAUUAAUGUGUAAGCAAAGAAGAAUCUGAUGAAAUGAA